UUAUUAUUUUUAAUAAUAAAAUUUUAUUCCUAAGAAAUAAACCAAUUAAUAAGAAAAAUGAAAUGCAUUUCUUAGAAACGUAUAUUUCGUUUUCACAAAUAAAUUUUUUAUAACAAAUAAAUAUCGAAGAAAACGUUAUAAGAAAUAUUUGGUUCUCAAUACUUCGACAUUUUCUCUCAGUGUAUGCAUAGUCUUGCUCAGUUAUCAUUCAGUAUUAAAUAAGUUAACUGCAUCUAUGUUGAUAACUGAAGAGUUUCGCUUGAUCCAAUUCUCAAAAAGAAUUUGGAUUGGACUGUCACAUGGAAUAAAACGCUAAACAUGUGGUACAUUCACAUUAUGAAAAUUUUGCUGGAUUUUUAGAAACUGUCAUUAAUAUAAGAUUCUAUUUUUAUACUUGUCAAAACAUUAAUAAUUUAGGAAUUGUAAGCGAUAAAUAUUUGUAUAAUACACAAAUUUCUAAAAUACUAACAGAUAAGGUUCAACUUCAAUUUUACCCUUUAUUUUAUUACAUUUGAAACAUUUUUUAUUAAAAAUAUUCAACAUUUCUUUAAGUGCGCCAUAUUUCCUCUAAAUUAUAUCUUCUCUUUUGAAUUUGAAGUUUCUGUUCGCUCGCUUGAUAUACAGAAGUCCAUUAAAUUGCAUUAUUCACCAUUUUGAAGAAAAUGCGAAUACAUUAAAACUAUGGAAGAUGUGAAAAACACUUGUUAAAAAAAAAAUGAUGUACUACAAUAUAAUAUUUUUCAUCUCUUGUCUUAUUGUACUAUAUAUAAACGGUUUUUAUGACGAUAAAAUUGUGACUGUAAGUACUUAUGUUUGUAAAGUUUUUUCUUACGAUGCCAACAGCUGUAUUCAAGUGGGGAUAGCGUGUUUAAUAUUUCAUACCGCGUUUAACGAGGAAAUCGAAUUUUUGAUAUAAAACGAAUAUCACUUCACAUUAUGGGAGAAAACGCGAGACCAACUUUUCACAUUAGUUUUGAACAUGCAUAUUGUAGAAUCUUCAGGUUACAGAGAUUUUGAAUGGGCAGUUAAAAUACAUCGCUUAAGUCUGGAAACAAUGGGCUUAUGGCCCAAAUAUGAUAAAUACAAUAAGAAUAAUUUAUGGCUAAAACUUCGUGUAGGCAUUAUUUUAGUUUUAUUAAUAUUUGUUACUAAUGUUCCAAUGAUACAUGCGAUUAUACAAGUUUGGGGCAAUAUGGUACUGGUGAUAGAAAAUUUACGUAGUAUAUUACCUCUGCUAAUAGCAUCAGUGAAAUACGUUAUUAUGCUAUGGAAACAAACAGUUUUCUUGUCGAUCAUAAAUAUGAUGAUGGAAGAUUGGAUGGCUUUCAAGUUUAAUACAGAAAGAGCCGUGAUGAUAAAACAAGCACAAACUGCUAGAAUAAUCAUGAUCAUUGGAUACAUUAUUAUAAUAAUGACGGUUCUUUUAUUGACUAUUUCUUCUUCUUUUGGCAUACAAACAGUAUUAGCAAUAAAUUUUACGGAUCGACGCAAGUUUUUACCGUUAUUUACAUAUCACUUUUAUGACGUAAAUAAAAGUCCGCAAUUUGAAUUGACAUUUUUUAUUCAAACUAUAUCGAUCUUAUUUGCUACUACUAUCUACAUGUCUGUAGAUAUUCUUUUAGCAUUAUUGGUUCUUCAUAUUUGCGGUCAGAUGGAAAACUUUAGGUGUCAAUUAGUUAAUUUAAUUUCAUGCAAAAAAUUCAACAGGACUUUAAAUGACAUUGUAAUGUCACAUUUACGUAUAAUCAGAUUUGUUGACAAAAUUGAAAAUACGUAUUCUUUAAUGAUGUUAAUCAUGAUAUUUCACUUUGUCAUUGUAUUUUGCCUAAGUGGAUUUCUAUUUACUAUUUUUCUCAUUGACAGAGAAAUGGAUAAAGUUAUUACAACGAAAAUCUAUUUUUUAAUAAUUAUGCUCUUUAUCUUAUUAAUGAAUACUUUUCUGUAUUGUGGUGCAGGGGAACUUAUAACUGAACAAUGCAAUGCAGUAUAUCGUACUAUGUGCGACCUUGAAUGGUAUAAAUUGGAAUCAAGAAAAGUAAAAGGUUUUAUUUUAUUAAUGAUAAGAAUGCGCCAUCCUCUCUGUAUUUCUGCAGGAAAAAUUAUUCCAUUAACAAUGGCUACUUUUUGCAGUAUUUUAAAAACAUCAACUGGAUAUAUAUCGUUUUUAUUGACGAAACGUAGUUAAAGAAGGAAAUAUAUUAAUUUAUUUACCACAACGAAACACGCGUAAUAAAAAUCUCGACUAGGUAUAUAACGUUUUUAUUGACAAAAUGUAGUUAAAGAGUGAGGUGAUAUAUUAAUAUAUACUAUUAGAGAAAAGGGAAUAUAUACGUAUGAAUUAAUUAAAGCAUUAGGAGUAGACAACAAUCAUAUCUAGUACAUUAAGAAUUAUUGUAUUAAAAAUAAAAGUCUUUAUUGUUUAUUAUUAUAUUUGCUUCUUUUUGUACAAAUUAGUUAUUAAAUAUUUUAUAUUAAAUAUUUUAUAAUGUGAUGAUAUUUUCAUUAUUUGUCACAAAAAUAAUUUGAUGGUGAUAAAUUAGAUUUUUAUUCAUUUUGAUUUGAUUAUUUGUGUAACUAAAUUUGCACAACUUCAAAACAUAGUUCUUUUCAUUAUAAAAAAAUGUUUUUAGUGUAGAUGUACUUGAAAGAAAUGUAAUCAGUUUUUUUAAAUAUAUAUUGAGUUAUUGUUUAAUAUUAUUGUAUUCUCCUUAACUAUAACAAUGCUAUGUGAAUAAUUGACAAGAAUUCACUCCUUCAGUUGAAGCUAUUUUCGCUUCUCCUGACAUCUACUAAGGGGCAGAAAUUAUUACAAGUAUAAUUCAAAUCGUACAUUGAAAAAUGAAUUUACAUAUCACAAGUGCAAUUACCUUGUUUACGUACUUGUGAUUGCACUCUUUUCAUUAAAAAAAAUACUUUUAUGACUAAAAUUAUAUUUUUUAAAUAUUUAUGUAUGCUUUGUAAAUGUGUAUUAAUGCAUUUUAAAUAAAACAAUAUAAAAUUCAACUCUAUAUAAAUAUUAUUGUAGUUUCGUACUCUGAUUUUAGAUGAUCGAGUUUAAUGAAUGUCUAAUCUUUCUUUUCACAUUUAGAAGAUGAAUAAAUGUCUAAUCUUGCAAGAAUAUUUAUAUUUCUUUAAUUUUUAAAAAUAAUUUAUGUGUGGUUAUAGUAUUAUAUAGUUUAGAUGCAAGUUAGAUGCUAUUAAAACAAUUUGCUGAUAAGAUAUUUGAAGGAAAUAAUUGUUUUACAUAGACAAAAAA